AUGGUUCUUGCUUUGAGGUGGAAGAUAGGCCUUGGUGUUUUAGCCGCCUACUCUGGUUACACCACCUACAUCUAUGUGAGGGCUCAGCAGGAGAUUCGCAGACGUCAGGAAGCAAAAGCCAAACAACUGGAGGCCGGGCACGACGAUUGCGAUAACUGUCAAUAUGACACAUUGCUCGUGAACGGGCGGUUUGAGAACCCGUUCCCGGAGUACAGACCGCAGACUCUGUUUGAGUUUUUCGCUAUGCGGAUUCUCGAUCUGUGUGAGUUUGGCAGGCGUGGUGGACUGCCGUCCACGAAGGACGAGCUGCGAUCUAGCUUGCCAAUUGUGAAGCCAGACGCAGAGCUUUUGGAAGCCACGGCGAACGGCAGAGUUACGCAGCAUGAGGACAAGCUCCCACCUCUUUCAGAUCGGCUUACGUUUACGUGGUUUGGCCAGUCUUGUUCCCUGUUGCAGGUCGGCAAUGUAUCGUUUCUUACUGAUCCGUUAUUUGAAAAUCAUCUAGUCAAUAAGCUGUUUGGCCCCAAGCGAAUUGCACCCGCUGCGAUGUCUCUGGACGAGCUGAUGGAGACGGUGGCCAUUCCAGAGUUUGUUCUUGUCUCGCACGACCACCCCGACCAUUUGGAGGUGGAAUCGGUGAGGAAGAUCGGCAACAAGUCGAUAUGGGUUGUUCCUGUCGGCGUGCGACAUUUCCUGGCCAAACACGGAGUCUCCAAUGUGAUAGAGAUGAACUGGUGGGACCGGAUUUCGCUGGAGACGAACACGCCUGAUAAAUACGAGAUUGUUUGCGUUCCUGCCAUGCACUGGUCGGGAAGACAGCUGAUAGACACUAAUAAAACGCUCUGGUGCUCAUUCCUGAUCCUGCGAAACGAUAAGUCGAUUGCGUUCCACUGUGGCGAUACAGGCUACUCGCCAGACCUGUUCCAGCUUAUCGGACGGAAAUACGGUCCUGUGAAGUUUGCUGCCCUGCCCAUUGGUCAAUAUUGUCCGCAGUGGCACCAGCGGCCCCGACACAUCAGUCCAGUGGAGGCGAUCCGGAUCGCUAACGAUAUGAGCAUCGAGAAGAUGGUGGGCGUGCACUGGGGAACAUUUAUCUUGAGCUCCGAACAGUACAUGGAGCCGAAACAGAAGCUGGAGGAGCUGGCCCGGAUACAGGGCCGCACCAAAAGUAUACUGGUGCCUGAGCACGGACAGACAAUGAUUUUCGACACUUCCAGUAUCGACCUGCUGAACGAGAAGGACCCGAUCGAGGUGCACGAUAGCAAGGUAUAUAAAUAG